UGAGAGGCAGCACACCGGCCGGACUGGUUCGCACAGAUACAAGUGAUAAUGUCUCCUCCGUGCAUGUGCUCUCAUAAUUUCAUUCCUUGAGACGCGUCAUCUCAGAAAAGGACGACUGUUAUUCCUCAGUGACUCUUGGUGAUAAUGAAGACAUAGGCUAAACAACUUCCUGAUCACUCAACCUGCACAAACUGUCUCAAACCUCAACGGGCACUUGAACCCUAACACCUUUAAACUCUCAGCUUUGCACAGCCAAGGUUCAGAAAGUGACUUUUUCCCAGACGCCGGCCCUGCCAACUUAUAAAGACGUUCCACCCCUCGCCCUUGUUUGCUUUAUCAAAUGCCCAAAAACAGCAAGGCCGUCAAGAGAGAGCUUGACGACGAUGUCACAGAGUCUGUCAAAGACCUGCUUUCCAACGAGGACGCCUGUGACGAUUCCUUCAAGAAGACCUCGCUGAUCGUCAACAACCAUGAAGGGGAAGGGAAAGAGUGCGACGUGGAGGAAGGGGGCUCGGACGGAGAGGAGGAGGAACGCCCGGCCUGGAACAGCAAGCUCCAGUACAUCCUGGCCCAGGUUGGCUUCUCUGUAGGCCUGGGCAACGUCUGGAGGUUCCCCUACCUGUGUCAGAAGAACGGAGGGGGAGCCUACCUGGUGCCCUAUCUCAUCUUGCUGAUAUUGAUCGGCAUCCCGCUGUUCUUCCUGGAGCUGGCGGUGGGGCAGCGGAUCCGCAGGGGCAGCAUCGGGGUGUGGAACUACAUCAGCCCUCGGCUGGGGGGCAUCGGCUUCGCCAGCUGUGUGGUAUGCUUCUUCGUGGCUCUCUACUACAAUGUCAUCAUCAGCUGGAGUCUCUUCUAUUUCUCCCAGUCCUUCCAGCAGCCUCUGCCGUGGCACGAGUGUCCACUCGUCAAGAACAAGACCAGUACAUACGUGGUGCCUGAGUGUGAGAAGAGCUCGGCCACCACCUACUACUGGUACCGCGAGGCCCUGAACAUCUCUGACAGCAUCUCUGAGGGCGGAGGACUCAACUGGAAGAUGACCUUGUGCCUGCUGGCUGCCUGGUCCAUGGUUUGCCUCGCCAUGAUCAAGGGGAUCCAGUCGUCUGGGAAGGUGAUGUACUUCAGCUCCCUGUUCCCGUACGUCGUGUUGAUUUGCUUCCUGGUUCGGGCUCUGCUCCUGAAGGGCUCUUUGGACGGGAUUCGACACAUGUUCACACCCAAGUUGGAGAUCAUGUUGGAGGCCAAGGUGUGGCGAGAGGCGGCCACGCAGGUCUUCUUCGCCCUGGGCCUCGGCUUCGGCGGCGUCAUCGCCUUCUCCAGCUACAACAAGCGGGACAACAACUGCCACUUCGAUGCCGUCUUGGUGUCUUUUAUCAACUUCUUCACCUCCGUGUUGGCCACCCUGGUGGUGUUCGCAGUGCUGGGCUUCAAAGCAAACAUCAUGAACAGCAAGUGUGUCGCACUGAACACCCACAAGAUAGUGACGUUAUUGGGGAAUGGCAUUGAAGAAAGCCUGAUCCCCCACCACAUCAACCUCACUCAGGUCAGCCAGGUCAGCACUGAAGACUACCACAAGAUGAUAGAGAUCAUCAGAGGGGUGAAGGAGGAUGAGUUCGAUGCGCUGGGACUGGAACCCUGCAGCAUUGAGAACGAGCUCAAUAAGGCGGUCCAAGGCACAGGCUUGGCCUUCAUCGCCUUCACAGAGGCCAUGACCCACUUCCCAGCCUCGCCCUUCUGGUCCGUCAUGUUCUUCCUCAUGCUGGUGAACCUCGGCCUUGGCAGCAUGUUCGGCACCAUCGAGGGCAUCCUCACUCCACUGAUAGACACUUUCAAAGUCCGCAAGGAAUUUCUUACAGUGGGCUGCUGCGUGUUGGCCUUCUCCAUCGGUCUCCUGUUUGUUCAGCGCUCAGGGAACUACUUUGUGGCCAUGUUCGACGACUACUCGGCUACUCUGCCUCUGCUCAUAGUGGUCAUACUGGAGAACGUGGCAGUCGCCUGGGUCUAUGGGAUUGACAAGUUCUUUGAAGACCUGAAGGACAUGCUGGGCUUUACGCCGUACCGCUUCUACUACUACAUGUGGAAGUACAUCACACCCAUCCUGCUGCUGGUCCUCCUGUGCGCCAGCUUCAUCCAGAUGACCAUGACGCCGCCCAGCUACAGUGCCUGGAUACAGGAAGAGGCCAAAGAGCAGAGCUUGCGUUUCCCUGCGUGGGGCAUCGUGGUCUGCAUCUCCCUGGUGGUGGUGGCCAUCUUGCCAGUGCCCAUUGUCUUUGCCCUGCGCUACUUCAACAUCAUCGACGAGAACACUACCGGCAUCUCUACAGUCUCCUACAAGAAGGGCCGCAUCAUCAAGGAGACCGCCCGGCCGGGCGAGGACGACGACACCAGCCUGAUCCAAGGCAAGUCGCCCAGCGAGGCGCCCUCGCCGAUGCCUGGCAACAGCAUCUACCGCAAGCAGAGCGGCAGCGGUGGCCCUGAUGCAGACACCGCACCCAAUGGCCGUUACGGUAUCGGUUACUUGAUGGCCGACAUGCCGGACAUGCCCGAGUCGGACUUAUAGACUGACUUUAGUAAGCCCUGCCCGGCCGUCCCGGCUGGCCACUCCUCCCCUCCACCCCUCUGCGUGCGUUUAGUUGGCCGUAUCAUACAUGUAUAUUUCAAUUGUACUGUAUAUUCUUUGUAGAUAUCGUAGCUGCUCUCUUAUUUGUCGUCUCUGAACCUUACAUGACUGUCCACCUUUAAAAAAAUAAGGUGUGGGAAUAAAUGUCAUCCUCGUCUUACCCUUCACCCAUUCGCUUGGCUGCGUCCCAAACUCAUCUCUGGCCCCCGCUCCCUUCCUUUGCUGCCUCCUCCUUGUAGAUGCUGCAGGAGACUAUGUGUGUAAGCAAUAAGGUGGACGCUCCACCAGGCCUACUUGAACAAGAAUCUGCAAAGAGGAGUCUGCAGAGGAGCGAGUUGAGGGGUCAGGAGGUCACCUUGGGACCGCACCUGUGUCUGUGGGCUGUGUAAAUCAAGCCAGCUUCAAGUCCUGCUGUAAAAAAUGGUCAUGUACAUUAUGAUCCCAAACUGCUGGCCAACAAGUCGUGAGUGUAGUAGCAGUUUAGCCGCUCUGGGAGGCGUAACGAUGCAAGACGCAGCAGGUCCUUCCUGCUGAAAGUUCAGGUCAACCCAGUUCAAACAGCGAGAGGAUGGCCUUUGAAAACCACUCCCAUGAUUGUUUGAGACUAAAGUGUGCCUAAGUAAUUUAUAUUUGUUUAUAGAAUACAUGAUGGACGUUGUAUAUUUAAGGUAUUCUGUAAAUAUAAUAUAAAUAUUAUAAAUAUAUUUAUCUUGAUAGUUUGGAUAUCAGAACACCAUGUUUUUAAGGUUCAGAAGUACUUCAAAUCCUUAACCUUUGUGUCUUUGUUUUUUACUAAUGUGCUGUCAAUGUUUGUGAGGACCAAGUCCUCCCUGUAAAUAUUUUUUUUUUCCAUGAAAUGGCUUCAAAUGCAUCUUUUUUUCCCCGUCAAAAUUAAAGAUCAAAUAUGGCCCAUACCCUGAAA